AUGUUAAAGGCUUGCGUGAAACAAAAUCCAUGUGACAAUAUGCCAUCGCCAAAUCCAAUUGCCUUAGACGAACUAUUGGAACAUAUUGACGCAGAACCGAUUCAUGUUAUGCCAUCGCCAAAUCCGAUUGCCUUAAACAGACUAUUGGACCCAGAACUGAGUCAAGGUUAUGGUCCUCCAUCGGGUGUAAAUCCCUAUCAUUCAUGGCCUGUGCAAUCAUCUCAAAAUUCUAUGCAAUCACCUCAAAAUUCACAAGAUAGUUUGCAUUUGCUCGAUGAUAAUAUGUUCGAGAUGGCUUUUGUUAAUCAACCACGCAUCAAAAUAAUUGCUCAACCAAAAGCAAUUUACCGUGAACGAUAUCUUGCUGAUUUUGACAAGGAACUAAACCGUGCAUCAAGAUUUAUUAGGAGUAGUGAGAAGAAUCAUAAUUAUCCGUCUAUAAAAAUUCCAACUGUAUAUCGAGAUACUCAAAAUUUGAUUCGAGUAGCAUUAGUCACAGUGCCAACUUCUACCGCUCCAGAUCGGUAUGUUCAUCCUUAUUCACUUACAGUACCAGAAUCAGAAACGGGUGUAAUUCACGAUAAAAAAUCAAAUGCAUUAUAUUUUCCAAUCACAGAACAAGAUAUUGAAGAAAAAAAUGAUGGAAUUAAACGUUUUUGUUCUUUAAUGUUAAUUAAACACAAGCAAGAUGUAUUAAAUUCACAUGGUCCAAUGUGUUUGUUUGAUCAUGAUAGUCUGCCAACGGAAAAUCAAGAACAUUUAAGUAAAAACAAAACCGCAAAAGAUUUAAUUCGUAUGUUUAAGUUGUUCCAAUCACAAUUAGCAUUUACUGUUCUUAAACCACAAAAUGAACAAUACGUAAUUCUCAAAGAAACAACAGUUUAUUCACAGAUAAUGGUCGAAGAAACUGAAAACAAGAAACAAAAUAAAAAUACUACUACAUAUCAAAUUCAUAGAUAUGCGCCAAAAUAUGGUGGAUGUUCUGGAGACGAUGAUGUAAUUUUAAUUUUGAAUACUAAAAUUGAUAAAAAAAAUCUGAGUAUUCAUUUUGAAAAUAUUAUUGACAAUGAUCAACACUGGAGGGUAUCAAUCACUGAUUUUGAAAUCAUUGACCGAACAAUCACAUUCAGAUCACCACCUUAUUUCGAUAAUAAUAUUGAUGAGUCCGUUGCUGUCUACAUUGUACUAACACAAAAUGAUGUUGAAAUCGGUCGAGAACGAUAUUUUUAUCAACCAAUUUGCACGAAUUUUUAUCAAUCAUUUUCAAACAUUGGUCAACCAGCUAAACGAACAUGUCUUGACAGAUUUAUUGCAUCUGAUGGAAUAGAUGAUCAAGUUAAUCCUUCCCAGUCACCCGUACCUGUGACACGUGACCAACAGCUUACAUCAGAUAUGCAACAAUUAUCUCUUAAUACUAAUACUAAUGUUGAAAGAGAACUGAAAGACUUUUUAACAAGAUUAAAAAGUUGUUUGGCCGCUUUAUUAACAGAUAAUGAUACACAACCAUUGCUUCGUGUAACGAAAAAAUUAAUCAACAAGUAUAACGAUAAUCUAUUACAUUGUGCAAUUAAAAAUGGACAUACGUUAUUAGCUCAACAAUUGUCUGCAGUGGUUGCUAGGCUACCUGAUAGUAUAAUUGAAAGAAAGAAUAAUAAUGGAGAAACGGCUAUAAUAUUAGCCGCAAAAUUAAAUCAAAUAGAUUUAUUAGAAACAUUAUUCUCAAUUAGCCAAGAUCUUAUUUAUGCUGUAGAUAACAAGAAUAAUAAUGUUUUUCAUUUAUUAACAUCACAGAAUAAUUCGAAUAAGACAAUUGAAUUUAUUUUGAACUGUUUGAACGAUAAAUCGAUUAAUAUUAAACAAAAAUUUGAUCAACCAAACGGGAAUGGCAAAACUCCGUUACAACUAUCCGUUGAACAUAGUAAUUUUGAGAGUACAAAAAUGCUAAUCGAAAUUGGACAUUUUAACACAAAUGUAACUGAUGAAAAAAAUGGUGACAGUCUUGUACAUUUAGCAGUUAGAACUGGUGAUUUAUCAAUGGUUAAAUAUUUUAUCAAUGAUGUGAAAUUAGACGGACAAUUAUCAAAUUUAAGAAUGACACCGUGUGAUCUUGCUAAAACAUUGAAUCAAGAAACUAUUUAUGAUUUUUUAAAUGAAAAAUAUCCAUUACAACCACUAUCAUCGUCAGACAGUGAACAAAAUAGUGAGGAUGAAACCGAUUAA